GUGCUGACUGCCUUGCUUUAAUAGCGUCUAUAUAUUGUAAAGCCCCUUACCGCCCAAGUGUGAAGGAGAGACUCUCGUCAAGCUCGUGUCUCCGAUUGUUCCCUUACAGAGUAGAUCGGUAACUUACCAUCAUGGAGUCUUCCAAACUUAACACGACGGAGAUGCUCGAGGGCAUGCCCGUUACCUUCCAGACGCUCUUCUCCUGGGCUUCCCCAACCAUCACGGCCCUCAUUGGGGCCCUCGCAAUGUGGUGGUGGCUCGCAACAGCCCGCAGCAAGAACCAGCCCAACAUCUACGGCAACUAUGACUUUGACGCGCCCAUCAUCGGGUACCAGAGCCCCAUCCUGGGACGGUGGCAGUUCUUCCGCAACGGGCCGGCCAUGAUCCGCGAGGGCUACGCAAAGUACAAGGACAGCUUCUUCAAGGUCUCGGGCAACGACCUCCUCAUCGUGCCCAACAAGUACCUGGCCGAGCUGGCGAGCAUGCCGCCCGAAAAGCUGAGCCUCAACACGGCCAUCGUCGACGCCUUUCAGAACCUGCGGUCCAUCACGGCAGUCAUCACCGACCACAGCCUGCAGUCGCGCAUGCUCAUGACGCGGCUGACGCCCAAGCUGGGCCUCCACGUGCCCCUCGUGCAGGAACAGCUGCGAAAGCACCUCCCGCAGGAGCUGAAGGCGACCGAGGAUGCCUGGACACCCAUGAAUGCGCUGGCGCUGGCUCGCCGGCUGGUCCACCGCGGCGUGGCGACGCAGUUCGUCUUUGAGCUGCGCGAGGACGAGGACUACCUUUCGACGGCCACCAACUACUCGGAGCACGGGUUCAAGCACAACUUCCUCCUGCGCGUGGUCCCCGACCGCCUGAAGCCUGUCGUUGCGUGGUUCCUCCCGACAAGCUGGGGCGUCGACCGGGCCCUGCGCAAGGCCGAGAAGCUGGUCAUCCCCGUCAUGCGCGAGCGCCAGCGCCGCGAGCAGGAGGACCCGGCCUACGAGCGACCCGACGACUUUCUGCAGCACCUCAUCGACGGCGGCCGCGAGCUCGAAGACGACGAGGCCACCACCGUCCAGCGCCUCAUGGUCACGUACCUCGGCUCCGGACCCUCGACCAUCAUCGCCGUCGCCCAGGUGCUAUUCGACCUCUGCGCCCAUCCCGAGUACGUCGAGGUCCUGCGCGAAGAGGCCUUGCAGGUCCUUCGAACCCACGGCGGCUUUACCAAGCAGGCCUUGGCCGACAUGAAGAAGAUGGACAGCUUCAUGCGGGAGUCGCAGCGGCUGAGUCCGCCCACUUUACUCGGUUUCAAUGCUAUCGUGCGUCAGAAUUUGAGCUUGCACGACGGCACCAUCCUGCCCGAGGGUGCCCACAUUCAGAUGGCUACCUACGCCAUCGGCACCGACCCGGAUCGUGUUCCCGAAGCCGACAAGUUUGACGGUAUGCGUCAAUACAACAACCGCAAGAGGCCGGGCGAAAGUAAUUGGCACCAGUUUACCACCACCAGCGAGAACAACCUCCACUUCGGGCACGGCAAGAUUGUGUGCCCGGGCCGCUUCUUCGCCGACCACUCGAUGAAGAUGAUUGUGUCCAACAUCCUGCUGCGAUACCACCUGCGCUUUCCCGGCGGCGCGACAGAGCGUCCCGCCAACUCGAGCCUGUAUGAUGUUGUCAUCCCUGACCUCAGCACCUGCGUGGAGUUCAAGCUGCGCACAGAUGCCAAGGAGACCGUCUUUUAGGCAGGGUUUAGGGGUUCAAAACAUGGAUCCUCGUCCGACGGCGGUUGAAUAGGGGAGUUUCUAGACUCAGCUUGUGUCUGCGUUCUCAGACUUAAGAUAGGCAACCGUAAAGCAACGCAGAGCCUAAGAAUCUCCUGAAGCAUGCUGUUCAAAGUGAUCGUACUCUGGAUGAAGUUACGUCGCACUGUCAAGAUAAUUUGUUAUCAGAAGCAGAUUCGAGCAGAAUGAAGCGUUGUUGACAAAUUAGGCGUACGAACGAUACGAACCGUAAGAUAACAACUUCACGCCUUGAAGAGCGGAAAAAUGCGCCUCCGUAUGUAGCGCUACUUGAAUUCGCGAGAACAUCAAGAAAGUGUCCUAGUUAGACGAUUUGUUCUAAAUUAAACAGGUCUCAGCUCCU